AUGUCCUCGUUCUCGACCACGGCGAGCGCUCUGCUGGAGGCGCUCCGCCUUCAGCUCGUCGAGGGCGCGAAGAAGCUGGCAAGCAUGAGGCGCUUGUCAGAAGCUUACCAACGCGAGAUGGAUCACGCCGUAGGCGGCUCGCCGGCUCCAACCGGGCCUAGCCGCCUAGGCGCGAUCCGACAGCGCGACACGCCCAAAUAUACCGGCACCAUGAAGCCGGAAGAUUGGCUGAUCGACUACUCCACAGCUGUCAACAUAGCGAACGGCAACAAGCGUGUUGCCGUAAGAUACGUCCCGCUCAUGCUCCAGGGCUCGGCCCGGACGUGGUUGAACAGUCUGAAGCCUCGCAACAUCAACAGCUGGGUCGACUUCACCGAGGCUUUUGUCCGCAACUUCGCGAGCACGUACAAGCGACCUCCCAAGCCACGCCAACUCUCCUUGUGCGUGCAAGGCCCUGACGAGUCUACUCGCGACUACCUCACGCGCUGGGGCGAACUCCGGAACUCCUGCGAGGGCGUGCACGAGGUGCAGGCCAUCGAGUACUUUACUGCCGGGUGCAGAGAAGGCACCCUCCUCAAGCACAAGCUCCUCUGCGACGAACCGGAGACCCUCGAUGAGCUGCUGAUCACAGCGGACAAGUACGCCACGGCCGACUCCUCCAUGAAGGCGGAGGUUCGGGUGGUGGACCUUGAAAGCCCAUAUCAUGCAUUGCUUGGCCAACCCGCCUUGGCCAAGUUCAUGGCAGUCCCCCACUACGCCUACCUCAAGAUGAAGAUGCCGAGUUCCAAGGGAAUCCUAACCGUGUCCGGCGACUACAGGAAGUCGUCCGCUUGCGCGGGCGAAAGCAGUCGGCUGGCCGAGUCCUUGGUGAUCGCAGCUGAGAAACGGCUUCUUGAUCGGGUCGUGGCGAUGGCCGGCAAGCAGCCCGAGUUAUCGCCCGACCCCAAGGAGUCGGAAGCAGAAGGAUCAUUCAAGCCAGCCAAAGAAACAAAGAAGAUACCGUUGGACCCGGAGCACCCGGAG